CAUUGCGUAGCCCUAGUCAGCUGUGGAUUUUUCAUCGGCACCCGCAACGAACGAGGCCGUAAAGGUUUUAAAUAAUAAUUUUAAGCAUCUGUUGGAAUAUUAAACGAGACAAAGCUAAACAAUGGCGUUGCGUGUGCUAGGAGUAACGCAGAAUAUGCGCACAUUUAUGCGUGGCGUUGAUUUGAUCAAGCGCUACAAAUCAGCAGCCACUUUGCAGAAGACCCUGCUGAAUAUACCCGCCACGCAGGUGACCAAGUUGGACAAUGGACUGCGCGUAGCUAGCGAGGAUUCGGGUGCCUCCACAGCCACCGUUGGCCUCUGGAUCGAUGCUGGUUCGCGAUCGGAGAACGAGAAGAACAACGGUGUGGCCCACUUCUUGGAGCACAUGGCUUUCAAGGGCACAGCUAAGCGUUCGCAAACUGACCUGGAACUAGAAGUUGAGAAUCUGGGCGCCCAUCUGAAUGCCUACACAUCUCGCGAGCAGACUGUCUUCUAUGCCAAGUGCUUGUCAAAGGAUGUACCCAAGGCUGUGGAGAUUCUGGCCGAUAUCAUUCAGAACUCAAAGCUGGGUGAGGGAGAGAUUGCCCGUGAGCGUUCAGUCAUUCUUCGCGAGAUGCAAGAAGUUGAAAGCAACCUGCAGGAGGUGGUUUUCGAUCAUUUGCAUGCCACCGCCUACCAGGGCACUCCCUUGGGCCAGACCAUCUUGGGACCCACUAAAAACAUUCAGUCCAUUGGCAAAUCCGACUUGACCGACUACAUUCAAACCCAUUACAAGGCCUCGCGCAUUGUUCUGGCUGGUGCCGGUGGCGUUAAGCACGACGAACUGGUCAAACUGGCCACCCAGAAUUUGGGCCGCCUAGAAGCUAGCCUUUUGCCACCAGAAGUCACACCCUGCCGCUUCACCGGCUCUGAGGUGCGUGUCCGUGAUGAUUCCCUUCCUCUGGCCCAUGUUGCUGUAGCUGUCGAGGGCUGCGGCUGGACCGACCAGGAUAAUAUUCCUUUGAUGGUGGCCAACACUUUGGUUGGUGCUUGGGAUCGCUCACAGGGCGGUGGCGCCAACAAUGCAUCCAAUUUGGCUCGUGCUAGCGCCGAGGACAAUUUGUGCCACAGCUUCCAGUCGUUCAAUACCUGCUACAAGGACACUGGUCUUUGGGGAAUCUAUUUCGUGUGCGAUCCCCUGCAGUGCGAGGACAUGAUCUUCAAUGUGCAGUCCGAAUGGAUGCGUUUGUGCACCAUGGUUACUGAAGCCGAGGUCGAGCGCGCCAAGAACUUGUUGAAGACCAACAUGCUGCUGCAAUUGGAUGGAACCACACCCAUUUGUGAGGAUAUUGGCCGCCAAAUUCUGUGCUACAAUCGCCGCAUCCCUCUACACGAACUGGAGCAGCGUAUCGAUGCCGUCAAUGUGUCGAAUGUCCGUGAUGUGGCAAUGAAAUACAUCUAUGACAGAUGCCCAGCUGUUGCUGCUGUCGGCCCCGUUGAGAAUCUGCCCGACUAUAACAGAAUUCGCUCCUCCAUGUACUGGUUGAGAGUCUAAGUAAGUGUGGGAUAGGAAGUGGCCAAAUGCCAGGACUCCGCGGUUUGUUGGACGAGUAGUUUAAUUCAAGAAAUUCAAAUUUAAUGCAAGAGGAUCAGUAAAUUCAGAUAUAAAAAACACCUAAAAUAUUUAAAAAAAUAUGUGUGAACCAAUA